ACUGCUUUGGAUGGUUAUUGCUCUCAACAUAUUGCACUCAAUCUUCCUUCUGAUAUUACAGCAAAGCCUUGCGACGUGCUCGUGCCACCGCUGUUCUGCUUUGUACUCAGAUCGAUGGCAUCAACAUCUUUCACAUCCCAUGCCUUCAUUCAUCUCGCAAUGGUUACUGAAAGAGCGAUCGCUUCGAGACAAAUGAGAACCUACGAAAAAUGCGAUGGUAGAAUCGGAUAUUUCAUGGCUGUAACGCAGCUAUCGGUAAAAAUAAUUAUUCUUUGCAGUUUUGAGGCCAUUCUAGUUUUCAAACCACCAACACUAACAUGCUUCUGUGCUUUUCAGGUCAUUUUUGCCCUGUCGGUCGCUCUCUAUAGUAUGCACAAGUACAGCUUCCGUGAUGCAACAUUCUACUGCUCUGCAGCCACACCAACUACAAUGGAUGAUGUGACAUCGACUAGCUAUCUGAUUGUGGUGAUGGAAGCUGUUAUUCUGAUCAUGUUUGUAGUGGUCUACAUAGUGAACAUGAGGAGAGAAAAAAGCAUUCGCGGCGGCUCAUCCGCCAACCGGUCUAUUCCGCUUUGGACGCGGCAUUGCGGCUGUACAACCUAUGCUGUAAGUAUCAAACCAGGGGAGAACCUGGUCGUACUUCGGCUGCUUAUGCCGAUGGUCCUCCUCCAUUUUGUGAUUUAUUCUUGCUUCAUGACGGCGUGUGCUAUUGCUGCGUCCAUACGAUACCUUUUCAGUUCUGGAUCCGCGUUCAGAGCCUAUAUAGCAGCUGUUUAUCUAGUGCCACCACUGCCUCAAAAUUGUGCCCAUUUAUACACGGUCUCUUCUCCUUUGCUGUUGUGGUGGAUAGUGAAGCAUCAUCGCAAAACCCGUGAAGAACAACUCAAUCACAUGUCAGUCAAACCGAAGGAUGAAAAGGAUAUUUAUUUCUCGAGCUAUGCAGCUGCAUGGAAUCGU